ACUCUUCUCUUUGGCACAGACCAGCUUAUCAUCUCCUAUAAGAAUAAUAAAGCAAAGGAACAUGAGUGGAGAUUUCCUAAGCAAGAAUCUAAGCAUCUCAGACUCGAAAAUUAGCUAUACAGUACUGAAUGAAAGCAACUACACUGAGACUUCAUAUUGCAUCAUCAAGAUCCAAGCCAUGAUUGUGCUUUCCAUCAUCAUUUCCCUGGUGGGGAUGGGACUCAAUGCCAUGGUGCUGUGGUUCCUGGGCAUCCGUAUACACAGGAAUGCUUUCUCUGUCUACAUCCUUAACCUGGCUAUGGCUGACUUUCUCUUCCUGUGCUCACAGUUUGUAGUUUGCCUUCUUAUUGCCAAUUACAUCUUCUACUCCAUUUUCAUUGAAAUCCCUUCGUUUUUUUUAAUUGCAUCAAUAUUUGCUUAUCUUUCUGGUCUGAGCAUUCUCAGCGCCAUUAGCAUUGAGCGCUGCUUGUCUGUAAUAUGGCCCAUCUGGUAUCGGUGUAAACGUUCCAGACGCACAUCAGCUAUCACAUGUUUUGUGCUUUGGGCUAUGUCCCUGUUGUUGGCUCUCCUGGAAGGGAAAGCAUGUGGCUUACUGCUUAAUAGUUCUGACUUGUAUUGGUGUGAAACUUUUGAUGUCAUCACUAAUGUAUGUUCAGUCAUUUUAUUUGUGGUUCUCUGUGGGUCCAGCCUAACUCUGCUUGUUAGGAUCUUCUGUGGCUCACAGCGGAUUCCUGUGACCAGGCUGUAUGUGACCAUUGCACUCACAGUUCUGGUCUUCCUGAUCUUUGGUCUUCCCUUUGGGAUCUAUGAACUUCUCUAUCAAUGGAUUGGUGAUUUUCAUUAUGUUAAAAUUUGUGAUUUUUUUCCUGAGAUACAAUUCCUAUCAUGUGUUAACAGCUUUGCCAACCCCAUCAUUUACUUCAUAGUUGGUUCCAUUAGGCACCGAAGGUUCAGGAGGAAGACUCUUAAGCUUCUUCUACAGAGAGCCAUUCAGGACAACCCUGAGGAGGAAGAAUGUGGAGAUAACAAUUCUUCGGAAUACCCUGAUGAACUGGAAAGAGUUCAGAGCAACAGCUGAGACCUGCUUGAUCAGAGAAAAUUGGUUUUGAGGGAAACAUUUUUUCUCACCUUUGUGGACUGUAGUCACAACCUUGCUCAGUUUGUUACCUCAUCUUCAAUUCGUUAAU